GGGAAACCCCAAAAUGUGUGCAAGGUAUAUAAACAGGCUGUACUGCAGACAUGGUAGACGAAAAAACAAAUCGACGAGAUCUGCAUAGCAACUGAACGUGAAAUUAGUGACUGACUGCCUGUCGCCAGUGUUACACUAUUAUGCCUAACAAAACUUUCUGUUGCCGCGCACCCGGCAUUCCUGAAGGACAAGUAUACUUCAAGAAGAAGCCUUGGCUAAACGAAGAACGUGCAGUCACUUUCAAGGGAUAUCUCGUUCCUGGAGAUAAUGGCGGAACGAAGGUGUUUGUCAAGGUCGGUCGGUGCGCAGACUGGAAUAAGGAAUUUUGCCAAAAAGAAGUGAAAAAAUGUCAAACAGUUCGACAACUGGCUAUGGAAUUUAACAAAAGAAAAAUCGCCUCGACCAAGAUUCGAUCUCUAGUUCCUCGAAUGGCAGAAAUGGACAAAGUUGACACCAAGACGAGAAUUGAGAGGAAAUUAAGAAAGGGUGAAAUGGUUCUUAUCGACGAAGAACGACUGAACAGUUUAUCUGACUGCCAAAAUAACAUUACCGACACGUUCAUGCAUUUCACAUACCACGCCUCUGGCGGACAGUUGGUGGUGUGCGAUUUCAAGGGAGCUAAUUCUGAAAACCAGCUCACAUUGGCCGAUACAGCUGUACACUCGGCAGACGAACGAUAUGGUGAUUUGGAUAACGGACCAGAUGGAAUGAGAGCCGUGUUCCAAAACCACACAUGCAACGAAAUGUGUAAUGGGUGGUCGAAACCACCCUUUGAGGAAGAGACUAUCACAUCAGAGGUCAAGGUCAUUCUAGAUCGUUCGUCUUCACUCUCACCUUCGGCGCCGCCUCUAGAACAAGACUACAGGUCCUGCACCGAACACGCGCAAACGAUCAGCAUCCACAACUCUAACAACGGACAUUUUGAGGAGCAGGUUCCUGAUGCGUGUCAGCAAAUCGGUGCAUUGUUCGUUGAUAACAACUCUCGAAACUCGAUAACAUUCGCCACGUUUCGGCAAUCUCCGGACUAUUUCGUACGUCCACCUCCGGAAUAUUCCGAACGUUCACCUCCCGUCUAUUUCGAACGCACUCCACCCCAAUACUGCGAGCUCCCACCGAGUUAUUGGGAAUCCGAAACGUGCAACCAAUGUUACCAUGGUGACAUUCGACUCGGCAUAACCAGAACCGAGUCGCUACGUAACCUAGUCCGAUCCAACAGGUCUCUCGUAUGAACACGGACACGAUUCAGUUUUAUAGUAGGGCAAUUCUCAAAACAAAUGGCUGCUUUGAAUAUGGCCGUCAUAUUAAAUUGAAUUAACACCAGCCAACCAAAUGUGUGUAUUUGUAAAUAAAAUGUACAUUAUAA